GCUCGCGCAACUCAGAAGGCAACGCCCACAAUGACGAUUCUUCCCGGAAGCUAUAGGAUAGAGAACAUUGGCUUCCAAAACUAUAUGGAUCUGGCCGGCGGGUCGAGUGCCCAGGGCACCGUGGUUCAAGGCUACACAGAUGCCCAGAACUUGAACCAGCUCACAUACAUCCACUCAAUUGUUUCAUCUCUCAUUCAGUGGACGGUUGAGCCCGUUGCGUGCAUCAGCGACAAUGCAUGGAAGAUUAUGAAUGCUGCUAGCGGUACAUAUGCUGUUGCCCCUGUCCACGCCGUCAAUCAGGGAAUCGUUGGUGGUAUGCCUCCGGACACGUUCACGUUCAUCGACAACGACGGGUGGUACCAGAUCAAACUAGCCGAUGAGUCUCUUGUGCUUUACCUUGCUAACGGUGAUGACGCUACGCAGGUUGCCGAUGGCAGCAGCAACAACCAGUUCUGGUACAUGCAUCCUCUGUUUUGUACCGCAUUAGCUCGGAGUGUGGUGAACUAUUGCCCUCGAGUUGUUUAA